AUGGAGCUGAGCGCAGAGCAGCACCGCGUCCCGCUGAGCGACGGUAACAGCAUCCCGCUGCUGGGUCUGGGCACCUAUUCGGCCCCCCGCACAACUCCAAAGGGAUUGUGCCUGGAAUCGGUGAAGUACGCCAUUGACGUUGGAUACCGUCACUUCGAUGGGGCCUAUGUGUACCGCAACGAACAUGAGGUGGGGGAGGCCAUCAGGGAGAAGAUAUCGGAGGGGAAGGUGAAGCGGGAAGACAUUUUCUACUGUGGAAAGCUUUGGAGCACGUGUCAUCUGCCGGAACUCGUCCGACCGACAUUAGAAAGAACUCUAAAAACCCUAGGGCUGGAUUAUGUGGACCUCUACAUUAUCGAGCUACCAAUGGCCUUCAAGCCUGGAGAUGAAUUCUAUCCCAAGGAUGAGAACGGAAAGAUUCUUUACCAUGAGACAGACUUGUGCGCAACGUGGGAGGCUCUAGAAGAGUGUAAGGACGCUGGGCUGGUGAAGUCUUUGGGAGUUUCCAAUUUUAACCGUAGACAACUGGAGUUAAUUCUUAACAAGCCGGGACUGAAACACAAACCCGUUACUAACCAGGUCGAGUGCCAUCCGUAUUUCACUCAGCCCAAGCUGCUAGAGUUCUGCAGGGAGCACGACGUGGUCAUCGUGGGGUACAGCCCCAUCGGGACGUGUCGAGAUGAGUCCUGGGUUAACGUGUCUUCUCCACCUCUCCUGGAGGAUCCUCUUCUGAACGCGAUCGGUAAGAAGUACAGUAAGACACCUGCGCAGGUUGCCCUGCGUUUCAACGUCCAACGAGGGGUGGUAGUCAUCCCCAAAAGCUUCAACCAAAAAAGAAUCAAAGAAAAUUUCCAGAUUUUUGACUUCAGUCUGACCGCCGAAGAAAUGAAGGACAUAGAAGCUCUGAACAAAACCAUACGCUACAUCUGUUCACUCAGGUGGAGCGAUCACCCGGAAUAUCCAUUUCUGGAGGAGUAUUGAGAAGCUUCGAGACAUCCGGCCCCAAAAGCUCCGUUUUUCGUUGUGGAACAGACACCAGGGACGAUCCCCCCGCCAACAUCAAAGACAGGAAAACUCAUACCGGACUAGCGAUAAACUCCGCAUAAUCCUCACGUACCGCGGCAGCAAACAUUUCCCGUUAAAAUCCAGGUCACGGCCGGCCACUUAGCCUAUAUAGUCCGAAGUAGAUAUACAGACAGAAUUCAGCCCCCGUCGCACUCAUUUUAUUACGUCUCACCAACAUAUAGCUUUGUUUUGGAAUAAAAAGAAAAACGAAAACCAGGAUGUUA